AUGCACUGUUCUUCGUCUGAAUUGCAGUACAUACCUGCACUUGAAAAGAUGGCCUACAACGUGCUGCUGCUUUCCUCGGCAUAUGUCGUCAUGUCAUUCUUCUUGUGUAGUGUUCAUGCCAAGGUCAACCUGAAUGCAUCCUCUUUGACUAGUGGAGAUGAUAAUCUCAGGGGCAGGUCUGUAAAGUCAAAUCAGUUAGUGUUCGAUGUGCGCAAACAUGGUGCUUACGGAGAUGGAUUACAUGAUGAUUCAAAGGCAUUGGCAAAGGCAUGGUCUGCAGCUUGCUCCUCUUCACAACCUUCAAUUGUUCUUGUUCCAAAGGGCAUGAAAUACCUCACCAAGCACAUUACACUAUCUGGUCCAUGCAAAUCCAGCAUCACAUUAAUGAUAGAGGGUACUUUGGUGGCUCCUCCAAGGAAGUCAGAUUGGAGCAAGAAAACUAUCCAACACUGGAUUAUGUUCAAUGGUGUACGAGGUCUUACUGUCGCUGGUCAUGGGGCCAUCAAUGGAAAUGGCAAGAUUUGGUGGCAAAAUUCCUGCAAAACCAACUCGAAGCUGACAUGCACUAAAGCACCAACGGCCUUGACAUUCUCCUCAUGUUCAAAUUUGAAAGUUGAGAACUUGAAGCUGGUAAACAGCCAACAAAUCCACAUGUCUGUGGAGGAUUGCACUGAUGUUAGGAUCCUUGGCCUGACAAUCACAGCACCAGGCACUAGCCCAAACACUGACGGCAUCCAUAUCACCAGAAGUAAAAAAGUACAUGUGACAGGCUGCACAAUCAAGACUGGGGAUGACUGCAUGUCAAUUGAGGAUGGAACCGAGAAUCUUCAUGUCAAGAAAAUCGUGUGUGGGCCGGGACACGGCAUCAGCAUCGGCAGCUUAGGCGAUCACAACUCUAAAGCUCGUGUCAACAAUGUCACCGUCGACAAUGUCAGGUUAUAUGGCACAACCAAUGGAGCUCGCAUCAAGACAUGGCAGGGUGGUCGGGGCUAUGCGAAGAACAUCGUGUUCCAAAACAUGAUCAUGGAAAAUGUUUGGAACCCAAUCAUUAUUGACCAAAACUACUGUGACUCUGCUACUCCCUGCAAGAAACAGACAUCUGCAGUUCAGGUUAGCAAUGUGAGCUUCAAGAACAUCAGGGGCACGAGUGCUUCGAAGGAGGCCAUCAAGCUGGACUGCAGCAGGAAUGUACCUUGCCAAGACAUAAACUUGAAGGACGUCAAGCUCACUGUGAAGGGAGAUGGAGGUGAUGCGAAGAGCACUUGCCGAAACGCGAAAUGGAAGAAAUCAGGGACUGUCAUUCCACAGCCUUGUGCUUCCUCUAACUAAUCAAAUGUGAUGGCUCCUAAUUGAAAUUGAUCAUGUACAAUUGUGUACAGAUAAAAUGUAAGACAUUAUGUAGGCAUGGUAAGUGCGCAAACAUAUAUAGAUGCAGCUACGAAUAGUUGUAAAUUGUAUUUUCUUCGGUUCAUAACUAUGAUCAGUAAUAAAGCUUCAAAACUACUGUG